UCCAUUUCAGACACAACCGUUCCUCCGAUAUAUAGCUCCACAUCAGUACCCAUGGAUGUGGCACCUAGAGGGUCUUAAGGCCAUGGAUCAGGCCCUACUGGGGGGACUCUUUCUGGCCGCUGUGUGGAUGCAGCUUGGCUGUAUGGCUGAUGGACAUGGCAGGCGUGGAUCUAUCACACACUUGCCCAUGAAAGAUGUUUUGCUGUUGAAGGAUGAGGCAGACCCCAAAUGUUUCAGCAGAACAGAAUACGAUCUCACCUGCUUCUUUGAAACUCCAGACAACAAGACCUUUGACUUCUUCUACAAGACUGAUGACGUGGAGAAGAGAUGUGCUCUGAGGCUGCAGCGGGCCGAAGACGGCUCCGUCCUGCACGUCUGUCUCUUCCCUCCUGACGAUACUUAUCUGUUCGUCCUCACACACCUCCGGGUGACGGAGGCCGGGACCAACCGCACCCUGUACACCCGCAGUGUCAGCGUGGAGGACCAGGUUCUCCUAGAUCCGCCUACAAAUAUGUCCCAUUGCCAUACUGGCUUUCCAGGCCAGCUGCAGCUAACAUGGCAAGUGGACAAAGCGUGGGAAAGCAAGGUGCAUUAUGGGAUACGGUAUUCAUCCAACAGGUUGGGAGAAAAAAACAAAGAGGGAGACAGGGACCAGCUCGAGACCCUGACGUCACUGGUGCCAGGGGAGGUGCUCCAGUUUCAGAUUAGAAUAAAUGUUAUUAAAUAUGGUCUGGACGAAACCAGAGGACACUGGAGCCACUGGUCCAAACCGGUGGCAGCGAUGGUACCCCAAAGCGCAGUCGACAUCUCACUUGAGUGCUACACAUCUGACCUGCACAACUUCACCUGCCAGUGGGACGAGAACAUCUACAAGGACGUCACCUACAAGCUGUUCUACAGACACAGUCCCAGUAAGUCACUGGGUUGGACAGAGUGCCUGAAGAGCUGCAACCGGAGUGAUCGGUGCCGUUUCCAUGGAGACGAGACCCAGUUGUUCCGGGUCAAACUGGGAGCAAGUGGCAGCCCGGCUCCCCUGGGCCGAACCUUCUACUCUGAUGCCUUCUACCUCAACGGCAGCAUCAAAACAGCCCCACCAGGGCAGCUGGAGGGGAGGAUGGACAGCGGGGCACUGUGUCUGUCCUGGGCAGCUCCUCUCCCAGCCCUCUCUGCCCACCUGCUGUACCAGGUCCACUACCACACCAGGGAGGGCGGACCCUGGCUGACGGUGUCGUCGAAAGGUCCGGAGACAAGGACAUGUCUGGAGGGUUUGACAGGAAGUCAGUACAGUGUGCAGGUCAGAGCCAAGCCCAAUGGGACUUAUUUCUCCGGUCAAUGGAGCGACUGGUCACUCAAACUCUCCGGAUCCACCCCCCCCGACAUGGGGGCUAUUCUCAUCUCUGGCAUCCCUCUCCUGAUGCUAGUGCUGGCCAUCGUCCUAAUUUCUCUUAUUUCUCGGUAUCUCAGUAAGUUUAAAAAACUACUGUGGCCACCGAUUCCAAACCUUGAUAAAGUGUUGCAAGGCUUCCUGGCAGAAAUCAACGGGCAGACAUGGGAUCCUCCAUUCGCAUCAAAGCAGUGCUUGGAGGAGAACCUUGCGUCCGUUGUGGAGAUCAUGUACCCGGAGGACGCGGCGGCGGGGUUAGAGAAGCCCCCCAACGAGAACGCCCCGCUAGUGAUCCCAGAGGGGUGGCUCUCCGUCGGCGAGCAGGGCGACCGGAGCUCCGACGGGACCCUGGAGGUCAGCCCGGACUAUGUGACACUGAGCACUAUGGAUGCGGCCCCCAGCCGUCAGCAAAGGAAUGAGUACAUUUACGAACACGUUGCUGAGUGCCGGGGACUUGCCCGCGGGCCGAGGGUGGGCUGUGUGCAGCCAGCUGCAUCGACCCCCGAACGCUCCUCCACCAGAGCUUCGUGCCCUAGCGGCAUGGACAUUCUGAACCGCUCCUACCUGCUCCCAGCAGAGGGCAGCAGAGGGCUGGAGCCGGGGCCCGCUGCUGCCCCUGGAGGCUCAGACAAGCGGUACACCAACAUGGACGCUCCAACAUAUCCCGACGCCGUGGCGUGACAUCAGGGGGGCGGUUGUGUGUCAAUCAAAACACAGCACGGGUCAUAUUUACCUUCCGAUAUAAUAAACGGAGAACAUCUGGCUGUGGAUAUACUGUAUAAAACAGUGUUCUCUAUCUAUUUCGUAUUUGCUAGCCUCUGUUUACCAUCUUUUGCAGAAGAUACAUUAUUUGGCUUGCUAUUGGUCGAUAGAGAAGUUGAUGUUCUCAAAGUACAAUAGUUGAUCAUCAUAGUAAUAUAGUUAGUAUGUUCAAUUAACGAAAAUGUUUAUUAUAAAUGUAUGUAUUGUCACUGUCAAUAAUGCAAAGUGAGUACAAUGUGAGAACCUUGAAAACAGUUUAGGAGAAAGUGUUGUAGGCCUACUGCUCAAAACAAUGUAUAAAAUGGAAAGGUAGCAAAGAAUUGCACAGUUAAAUAACAGCCGUCACAAAUGCCUUCAACACGGCCAUAAGAUCAUGAAGUUAACGGAACACAUUUACCUGAUAGAAUGGCCUAGAUCAACAUUGUUCCAACCUCGUGCUCUAUUCCAAACGAAUUGAUGCAAGAAAUAAAGUCAGUUUCACGUUGUAAAUGUUUCUUCUUGAGGAUUUAGACAUUUUGAUGGCCAUAUAUAACUACAGCACAAUGUGCCUAAAAAAAACCAGUGUCAAAUAAAGUGUUGUACUGAAAUAUUUUAAAUCACAAGUCUCAUCCUCAGACUAAAGCUGCUUAUGUCAAUACUGUGAUCAGCAAUACAGCCAUUAUAGCUGCCAACACUCAACCAAAAAUAAAUGUGCACUUUCCCCAUGAUCGCUUUAUGGCGACCAGAAGCAAUCCACCAGCUCCAAGGAGAGGAUUUUUAAUUAUUAAUAGGAGUGACAACAUAAGAUGAGCAUUCAAAUACCCUAAUAUGGAGGGACAGCACCCUCCGAGGUUAAACUCAGGUCAUGGCAUGCAUUUGGGGAUUUUAUGAUUAUAUGAUCAAA